CUACGAAGAUUAUAUCAAGUGGAUUUGACAAGAAACUCAUUCCAUGAUAAUGAGGCUGUAAGACCGUUUUGAGUAAAGUGAUAUCAUAAUGGAUAUCCACUGAGUUUAAGAGCAACAGCGGAUUUUGGGAGUGCAGCGCGAGUACCGCUAUCAUCUGAAGUUGGAUAUCCUAAUCACUGCAAUGACUGAGUCCUCAAAACCGCCGUCAGGGAGGAGAAUGAAGGCACGUGCCCCACCUCCGCCCCAGGCCCCUCUACCCGCCCCACGCCACAUCUUCAGAAACACUGUGCCUGAUGGGGGAGGGACAUCAAGCAUGGACACCAAGGAGAAUGUGCUAAGGCCGACUGUGGAUUUACAGCUAACCCUACCACAGGGAUAUCAGACUUCUGUAACUGAGGAUGGCAGUAAGGCGCUGAUGGACCUGCUGGUCGAGCUGUGUAGCCGCUACCACCUGAAUCCAGCACUGCACACCCUGGAGCUGCUGACGCCCGAGGGCCACACUUUGGGGUUCAAGCCCAACGCUCUGCUGGGCUCCCUCAACGUGGCCUGUGUCCUCAUCAAGGAGAAAGUCUGGGAGGAGAAAGUGGUGCGCAGACCAGCACCCAAAGUCCCAGAGAAAACAGUGCGUUUGAUGGUUAACUACCACGGCAGCCAGAAGGCAGUGGUUCGGGUCAACCCGUUGGUACCACUCCAGGCUCUGAUACCGGUCAUCUGUGAGAAGUGUGAGUUUGACCCUGCACAUGUCCUGCUGCUGAAGGACAGCAUCAGUCGCCACGAGCUGCCGCUCAACACAUCUUUGACAGAACUGGGGAUCAAGGAGCUCUACGUACAUGACCAGAGCCUAGUUCUCCAGCCUAAAAUGGCUUCUGCCCCUGCUCUUAACUACUCAGACUCCAUCCGCUCCAGUACUGCCAGUUUGGGCAGAGCAGAGAAGAAAGGCCUCCUGGGUAUCUUCCAGUUCAGCAGGAGGAAAAACAAGAGAGAAACAACAUCUUUGGACAUGGAUGACUGUGAUGAUAAUGUAAUCCAAAAUACAGACACACAAUCUAAUGGUCUGUCCACUGGGUCAGGGGUCCCCAGCGUAGAAGAUCGACCCAGCACUUUGGGCCAGUCUCAGUCGGCCAUGAACUUAAGGAUGUCCCCGAAAGCUGAGCCCAAGAAGAGGAGGGCCCCAGCACUACCCGGGGCCCCAACACCCACCAUGGGGCACACUGGCUAUGAGGGCUAUCAGAUGGGCUCAGAAAGCCAGCAGAGGAAAAGAAAGGCUCCAGCUCCGCCUCCCACCCCAACAUCUUCCUCCCAAGGCCCUGACGACACUUUAACCUCCGCUGCUCCCACCCCUGAUAGCCACGCUGCUGAAACACCGACCCCAGCCUUCCGUAGCAAUGUGGCACAGUCAGCCACUGUCUCUGCUACUACUGUGGUAAUGCAAACAGUAAAACCAGUCCCCUUGAAAACAGCUGUACAACCUCCACCUGUGUGCCCUGCCACCCCAACCCCCAGCUCCCCGACCCCGAGCAGCAGCACCAACGACAGCCUGGCUGUCCAGGAUUCCAGCUCUGAACUCAGCCACAGCCUUGACGACUCAGACCUAGACCAGGCCGCUUCCUACUGCAGCACCCUCACCAGCAGCACUGCAAGCGGGUCUGUGCAGGAGCAAAAAAGCUCCAACAGCAGGGUGGAGGAAUCGGAAAAGGCCAGCAGGACAGCUGCCAAAUUAAAUCAAGAGGCGACCUCGUCCAGCAGCUCCAGGUCGGAGACUGAGUCGGCCUUAAACCUGAAACUGGAUGACGUUGACAACAACAGACACAGCGCAAUGGGAACUGCUGAUCGACCAGCGCCACCCAAACCUCGUCGAUCCCCGUCCCAGGAGCCAACACAGCUUGACUUACCCCCUACCCUGCCUUCCCCUCCCAUUGAGCCCACAGAAAGCAGCUCCCUGCAGAGUCCAGUGGAGGCGGAGGAAGUAGCUCCCCAGUCUUGGCUCCACUCCAUGCACAGCGCCACCGCCAGUUGCCGGAAACCAGAAACUGGAAUACCCGAGGAGGAGACUGUGUCCUUGGGCAGCAGCAGCGGUGGCAGCAGCCUGCCCGACCAGGGUUACGCUGCGUCUGAGGGCAUGGCAGAGGGCGAGGACUCAGGCAUAGUCAGCUCUCCAUCUGACACCCAACCCACAUCGCCAGAUGGGAGUUUGUCUCUUGAUGUUAGUAGCGGAGUCGGAGGAGAGAGGCUGCUGGGACCAGUGCGGGACAAUUCCAGUGACAGCGAUGAGGGAUGUGCCACCUGGGGAUCAAGACACAGGCACAAGGACAUCAGCCCACAGGCAAAGUCAGGCCGGUUAAAAGACUGCUAUGAAGAUGACCCAGAGCUCACCGCCCAGCUCCAUCAAACUUUGGCAGAUUUUGAAGCAGACCUCGCAGAUCACAUAGAUAUAGUCUCAGCAAAGGAGACCCCCUAUACCAUGUCCACAGACAGUAAUGAGGUGCCAGUGUCUGUAGUGGACAUGGAUGUGCCAGUCACAGCCAUAGAUGAAGUAUUGGAGGACUAUGAACGUCACAUUGUAGAAAAUGAGACAAAGUCACAAGCCAGGACUGAAUCUGCUGGCAACAAAGGUCCAGGCUUUUGUCAACAGUCCAGUGUGGAGCCACAGAACAAAAACAAUAACGCUUGUACAGCAGCUGACAGUAAGAAGAGCAGCAGUGCAAAUGCUAAGCCGUCUCAACCUGAGCAGCAUAGGAAGUCACAGAAGAACAAGCCUAUAGCUGAUAAAAAAGAAGAAAAGAAGCUAGAUACAAAAAAUAAAGAGAUAAGUACCACUGAUACCAACAGUGUGAAAGAAAAUAAACAAAAUACAUCAGCGGUGAAGUCUAACGUUGACAUGCAGAAACAAAGCAAGAGCACUGAGAUCAAAGCUGACCCUGAGAAAAGUAAUACCCAGUCUUUUCAAGAGAAGAAGUCCGUUCUUCCACCAACCAGUCAGAAAUCCAUGUCUGCAGAGAGAGACCAAGAGAUGCACAGAGUUUACCAAAAUAACUCCAGCUCGAACACAUCUCAUGGUAAAAUAACUCGUAAUGUCACAUCACGCUUUGGUUUAAAAACUUUCACUGUGGUUCCUCCCAAACCUUGUGUCACUCCUGCUGCUACGGGAGAACCAGCUGUCAAAUUAACUGUCGGUGCCAUUAAGAUUGAUGAUCAAGGAAACAUGGUGAAAGGGAGUCAUUCUCAGAACAAAGUUGGUGGUUCAUCAGAGUCUGGAGUAAAUUCCAGUGAGGGGUCUCCUCUUCUUGGAAAAGCCAAAGCUUUUUGGAGCUCAAAUGAGAGACAAGAAAGUCCUGUGCCGCACAGCAAAGAUCUUGUUGAUAAGGCUAAGGAGAGCAUGAAAAUGACUCCCAUUGCAAUCUCAGUAACUACUUUGAAGAGCAGUCAUACUGAGGAUCUGAACACGAUGCAAACUUCAUUUUAUAAACCUGCAGAGAGAGCACAGCCUAAAGAGAUGGUUAAAGAAGAAGCUAAAGAAGCAGUGAUGGCUGUUACGGUUGCAAUAGAAGAGGUAGUAGAGGUGGAGAGCAAGAUUUCAGUGUCCAAAAAUGUUCACCAGCCAAGCAUUAAACCUACCCUUCCCCCUCCUAUCCUCCCAGACCUGAAAAGAGACCUGUCCUUCCUAAAACCAUCCAGGCGAACCUCAAGCCAAUACGUGGCGUCUGCCAUCACUAAGUACACCCCAAGGACCCCAGUUAAACCCAACCCAAUCCCUAAUGUACCUGACUCCUCUGCUUCUUUGAACUCACAAACGAUUGGUUUCCAGAGAUCAGGUCGGUCCAUAAAAAUCAAUCCACACCAAUCUUCCCAGGCAUCUAUGUCAGAUAAUAAGGAGAAUCACUCUGCUUUUAAAUUGCUUACACCUGGUCCAAAGAGGUCUAUGAGCUUCCCGGAGUAUAUGUCAGAUAGCCAGAGAGAAUUUGGAGAAGUGAGUCCGGACAGGGGAGGAUUUAGAAGUUGUGUUGGAUCCACCAAAGGAAGCUCUAAUACGCUUGAAACAGAAACAGCAAAGACUAGGCACAUUCAGUCUAGUGGCCCCACCCAAAAUAACACAAUCGCCAAUAAUGACAGUGAAAUUAUUAAACACGUACGCCUCAGAAGCCCCAGCCCUGCACAAAGCAGAACUCUACACUCAUCUGCCAAACCACCCACAGUCCCCAAGACUAUAUCCCAAGACCAGAUAAGUAACACAAAGGAUGCGACCAAGACAGCCACCCACCCAACACCUGAUGCAAAACCACAACCUUCUGUCACAGUGACAGACAGUGUCGUGACCCCUGGGCCUCCGCCGGUCACACUGUUUGGUCCAGUUAAAAAGUUCAGACCAGUGAUCUCUAGAUCAGUCGAUAAGGACACGUCUCUGCAUAGCAGCCUGAUGGAGGCAAUCCAGACAGGUGGAGGAAGAGACAGGCUCAAGAAGAUAACCACUUCUGGUCCCAGCAACGUGAAGAAAGCUGCUUAUGUUGAAGAGGAGAAUGAGAGGUCUGCUCUUCUGGCUGCCAUUAGAGCACCGAGCAGCUCCGGAAAGCUGAGGAAGACCAAAUCUGAGGCUGCUGAUGAGCUUGAGAGGUUCAAGAAAGAGACUUCUGAGGAAGAGAGAGGUGCAGGCCCUCCUCCCUCACCCUCUCCUCCCUCUUUGACUUGCACUUCUUCUCCUGUCUUUACCCCGCCGCCGCCGCCACCGCCACCAACACCUGCAAUUGCACCUCCACCUCCUCCCCCUGUCUGGCCCCAGGGUAAGCCUAGCACUGUGGCACAUCCAAGUGCUAAUGCCCCUGUGAACCCUGCCUUGGCAAGGGAGGCUAUGCUGGAGGCCAUUCGCUCUGGAUCUGCUGCUGAGAGGCUAAAAAAGGUCGCUGCGCCCACAAAGACAAUCCAAGUGAAUGGCAGACUGGGAACAAUCCAAGCAACCUCCUCAGCGCUCUCUCAGCAAUAGGAGGGGAAGCCCACAUCACCACAAUGAGGAAUACAUUUAUCAUUAUUAAUAAUUAAUUUUUUGUUUUUUGUUUUUUGCCAUUGUGCCUUUUCAAACAGAAAUUUGGGAAACUGGAUUGAGUCACAUUUUGAGUAAAUGUUAUUGGAAAGUUUAGGGGAACUUUAUAUGAUGCCUGACACAAAUUCCCAUAAAUAAAAUAAGAAUAUAAACGGAUUUAUGUAGAUAAACAAGAUUAUUCGACAGCUCUUACUAAUGGUCUGGCGCCUUAUGCUUACAUGGAUGCACUAUUGCUCAAAGAAUUUUGUAUAAAAUAGGAAUGAUUUAAACACUUCUUCUUGUAAGUGGAAUUUUAGUAGCCAAACACCAGUAACAUCUUCUUCAAAAGAUGUCACAGGUGAAAGGUUUGCAGUGAUUUCCACUCAUAAUAUCAUAUCUCAGAUCAGUAAGCUUCUAACAACAGCUUGCUGUAUAGCAUUUUUGUUCAUCUUUAUACCAUAUCGCUGUUCCUAAACAUAUCUUGCCAUCUGUACUUGAAUUCAGUAGUUUUAACUGGAAUGUUGUACAACAUGUGUGCCAAUGAAAGCAAAUUUAAAUGGUUUAUGCUACUUUCUUUCUUUUUUCCUGAUUUUUUAUUUUAUUUUACCACAGUUAAGUUAUGGAUGCCUUAUACUGUUGCUCAGUCAGUGUUAUGUAUAUGAUGUUUGCUGUAAAAAUUCUAUAAGGGGUGCAAUAAGUUGGAUCGGAUGAUGUUUCCAGAUUUGAACGUCUUAUUUGUUUAACAAAUUAAGAUAAACGAAAACACAAGUACACUUAAGAAAAUAAUGGAUUGAU